GCGCUCUCGCUAGAGUACAAUCCCCGGGGUGGGGAUACUCUGCUCUUGGCAGAGUAGGAAACUGGUAGAAGAGUAAGAGAGAGAGUUAGAUACCCCCACCAAAGUGAAUCUUAAGCGCGGUACGAAGCCACGCCCAUCGGGGUAACUAAGCCACGCCAGUAGUUCCCCCACUAUUAACUCGAGUCAUUCGUGGCGAAAGGUGGGGGAACGACAAACGCGCCGCUCUCGUUCGAGUCGUUUAAGUGGGGGUAGAUUAUCGGUAGUGGGGGAAUGUUGUAAACCCCAUCGGGUGGGGGAAACUUGGAAGACCGAGCGCACUCGGUGCCCCGCGUUACGAGGGGAGGGGUGGAAGCCGCCGGUCCGGAGGGGCGGGGAAGCGAACAGUUCGGCAGCGCGACCCGACGUGGGCACUUCGCUGUCCGGCCUUUCCUUCAUUAAAAUAUUAUUCCGUGCGUAGAGAGAGAGAAGACCCGCGGACACGAGAGCGCGGCGAGAGCCCUCGCCGCCCGUUUUCACGCCACGAACAAGGAACGCACUCUCUCGCCACCCCCGUCGCCGUGUCGUCGAUUAUUAUAGUACGUCGUCGUUGUUCUCGUUGUUUUAACGUGUUCGUUACGUUAAUUCGCCGGGGGUGUUUUAUUAAUAACGUGGACGUGCCGGAUAAUAUACAUAAUAUACUAGCACACAAAUACACAAGUAUACACGUACUCUCUCCUCUCUCUCUCUCUCUCACACACACACACACACACAUACACACAUUCUCUCUCUCUCUCUCUCUCUUUCUCUCUCUCUAUCUUUCUCACAUACACACACGCACCAACAUACAUAUAAACACAAUACACUAUUUUAUUAUCACAUACUCGUAGUCUGUUAAUCUUCGUCGUUGUCGUCAUCGUCAUCGUCGUCGUCAUCGUCAUCGUCAUCGUCGUCAUCAUCGUCGUCGUCGUCGUCGUCCUCGUCCUCGUCGUCGUCGUCGUCGUCGUCGUCGUCAACGUCAACGUAUCUAUCGUCAAUGUCCUGUUCGAGGAAAGGAUCCCCACAUACGUUUACGCCAAUCAAAAGAGAAAGAAGAAAAGCGUGGUUGCCGGAGGUGUUUUAUCAGUGUUCCUAUCGAAACUACUUUCAAGAGUAGUUUGUGUGACUUUAAGUGCGUUCAUUAUUUUUAUUAAUGAACAGGAUUGCCGGUAGAAGAAAGUGGGAGAGAGAAAAUGACCGUCUGUGCUAUCGAGAACCUUCCUUUCGACCAUUUAGAAAUUUACAGUCCUUUGUUGAUUUAUAAGGGAUAUACCUGGUUUAACUAAAUGGUUUAACUGCACGGUUUAAUUGCAUUGUCUCCAUCACGAAUGUUCACUUCCACUACUUUAUUUGGGAAUUUUUCUCGGACGAAGACCAAGAAGCGUGGAUAUCACGUGCAUUAUCCUAUCGUCAACAUCGAGAGCAACAUCUUUAUAUAUAUAUAUCGUGGAAUUUGGAAAAAGUACUAUACAUGAUGUACAUACAUACAUAUGUAUGUAUACAUAUAUAUGUAUAUCAGUGAUACACGUGGCCAAUAUCAAAAGUGCGCGACGAAGGAAGUUCCUGCGUGAGAAAGAAAAUUAAUAAAGAGAAAAAGAGAGAAAAAUACAAGAUAUACUGCGAGCUCGCGGGAUAUGAACCCAGGUACGACCUGGGGUUGCGUCGGGGUAGCUAGGAAAGCGUCUGUCGGUGAGGAGGAAGAAGGAAAGGCGGCGAGACAGGUAGCAGUAAGAGGAAGGAGAGAAACAGAAAGCUCAAAGAGCGGAGAGGAAAGGAAGGGAGGAGAAAGUUUGAAAAACGUAGGCCCAGGCGCCGUGGGUGAUGUGAGGCUGGAGCUCGCCUCACGUUUGGGGUGAUGCCCUCCAGUGAGCCCCAUCCCCCCCAGUACCACCUUCAACAUCACAACAUUCCUCCCUCUCAUCUUCAGCAACACGCGUCAAGCGCGAUCGGGCAACAUCAGCUCUAUCAGCAGCUGGUGGCGGCCCAUCAUCAUCAGCAGCAGCAGCAGCAGCAGCAGCAGCAGCAGCAACAACAACAACAACAACAGAAUCAGCGACAGCAGCAACACGGCGGGCCUUUCCAAAAUUCCCCGUACGCGCAGCAAAAGCAGGAGAUGAGCCCGGAGGAGGAGGGGGGUCGAGGGGGCGGGUCCCCCCCGGCUGCUGGGGCUGCCCUUCAUCAGCCCCACCACCCCCGCACGGCUAGUCCACCCUCGGGCACAGAACCCUGCACUCGCGACGCGAUACCGACACCUACCCCCAUCGCGGACACGACCACCACGACCACGACCACUACCAUAACAAUGCAAUCGCAAGCUCAGCAACAACAACAACAAGCUCCGAGUCCUAGUCCAAGUCCGACAGGUGGGGACGUCGAGAAGUUCGACGGGAAGAUAGUUUACAAUCCGGACGGUUCGGCUUACAUCAUAGAAGGCGAAAGCGAGCUCAGCGAGGACGAUUCUUUGCCGGACGGCUGCAUCGUCGACGGUCGUGGCGUCUCCGUUCCUCAUUCUUUGGUAUUCCCUCAAAUCGCUAGCGCCUAUUACGUGUCGCGACUCUACGCUCAUCAAGCUUACCAACAGCAACAGCAACAGCAACAGCAACAGAGAUCGGCGCAGCAGCAACACAAUCCGGAUUUGCCUGUUAUGCAUAGUUAUCGAGUAAUUAGUUAUAGGAGUGCGGAAGGUAGCAAGCAACCUCCUCCUCCACCGGCAGCGCCCCCACCUCCGGCUGCUUCCGUGCCCGUAAAGCCCAUCCUAAUGUGUUUCAUUUGCAAGCUCAGCUUCGGCUAUGCUAAAAGUUUCGUCGCUCAUGCCCAGGGCGAACAUCAAAUAAAUUUGAUGGAAGACGAGAGGCAGAUACUUUCGCACUCGACUGCGUCCGCCAUUAUACAGGCGGUUGGUAGGGGGAAACAGCCGCUGGUUAGCUUUCUCGAACCAGUUACGAGCUCGACCUGCGCCCAAUCAUCGCCGGCGCAAACGCAAAAUCAACAGCAGCAACAGCAACGCAGCGAAUCGACGGAACACGAGGCGCCUACGACGACGAGUACGCCUUCUAGUACCCCCGGCAUACCUAGCAGCCCUCAGCAACAACAAACGAUACAGAGGCCGUCCUCCAGCACUCCCAGUACUCCUACGUCACAUUCGAAUCAUCCAAUCUAUAAUCAUCAGACACAUCAACAGCAACAGCAGUGGACUGGUGGUCAAGUGAGUGCCGCGUCUUGGGCAAAAGCACCCGAUGCCGCGGCAUUGCAUUACACGUCACCUCCACCGCCGACCACAUCCACAAAGGGCUCACCUUCCUCGUAUGCGGCCUUGACGCAACAGCCACCAAACUUUCUUACCGGCACAACGAUAGGCGUUUGUCCGGAACACAUGCAAGGUAGGCCGAGUGGCGUCGAGUGUCCUAAAUGCGAACUGAUAUUGGCCAGUAGUCGACUAGCAGGUCCAGGUGGACCACUCGCCGGUAUUCAUAGUCGGAAUUCAUGUAAGACUUUAAAAUGUCCCAAGUGUAAUUGGCACUACAAGUACCAAGAAACUCUUGAGAUUCAUAUGAAGGAGAAACAUCCGGAAAGCGAGACCUCGUGUAUCUAUUGCAUCGCUGGUCAGCCUCACCCUAGGCUAGCGCGUGGCGAGACGUAUACUUGCGGAUACAAGCCGUACAGAUGCGAAGUGUGUAAUUACUCGACCACGACGAAGGGCAAUUUGAGUAUACACAUGCAGAGCGAUAAGCAUCUAAACAAUAUGCAAGAACUUCAACAGGGCGGCGGCGGUGCUUCGGGUACGAACAAUCCGUCUUCUUCUCAGGACACACCGAUGCCAACGCGCAGCCCUCAUCAUCAACAAAAUCACAGUCCGCAUCUUAGCGGUCAAGCUGGAAGCCAGGGAAAGCCUAAGCCUACGUUUCGCUGCGACGUUUGCAACUACGAGACCAACGUCGCGCGUAAUCUCAGGAUACACAUGACCAGUGAAAAGCAUACGCACAACAUGCUGGUAUUACAGCAAAACGUGAAGCACAUGCAGACGCUCUCGGCGUUGCAGUCUCAUCAUCAGCAAGCGCAGCAUCAUCAUCAACAGGCUCAACAACAGCAUCAACAGCAGCUGGAACAGUUACUACAUCUCGGCGGUUUGGACAAGCCUCAACACGCCGAAGCCGCAUUAGCGGACAUGGCUUACAAUCAAGCUCUUUUAAUUCAAAUGAUGACGGGCGGUCAAUUACCACCGCAGCUUCCACCAGAACUGAUGGGUGGCAUGGCAGGUAUGGGUGCAAUGGGUGGUCUCGCAGGAGACGUUGGCCUUUCCCCAGAUAGCAUGGAACCACCACCAGAACCGGCGGAUCCGGACCCUUCUCACUUGUACCACUGUUGCGUUUGUAACAAUUUCGCAACCGACUCGUUGGAGGCCCUUGGCCAUCAUUUAGCUGCCGAUAGAACGAGAACUCGAGAGGGCGAAAUACUCGCACUCGUUGCUGGACAUUUCGUCUGUAAACUUUGUUCCUACAAGACCAACCUGAAAGCAAAUUUUCAACUUCAUUGCAAAACCGACAAACAUCUUCAACGUUUGCAACACGUUAAUCACGUAAAGGAGGGUGGUCCACGAAACGAAUGGAAGCUAAAAUAUUUGGCUUCGCCUACGAGUGCAGCCCAAUUGCGUUGUCAUGCGUGUGAUUAUUAUACGAACAGUGCCCACAAGUUAGCUCUGCACGCGGCAUCGCCCAGGCACGAAGCUGCAGCUCUCCUACUUCGUCAUCUUUUAGAGGCCAGUGCCAAUAUACCAUCACCGGGGAAACUCUAUCAUUGCGCUCUUUGCGGUUUUAGCGCGAGGCACAGGUUACCUCUCUUACAGCACGUUCGAUCUCUUAGACAUCUUCAAAUGGAGCAACUACACCAACUUCAUCGUAGAAGUGGCAUUCAAGGAAACGAGACGCCGCACACCGACAUAGGUGAUGUAUUCCAAGUGGUAAGCGAUCCCGAUGUACCACCUACGCAGCAACCAAGUCCAACUACGCCAACGACGCCUAAUGCUCCGAGUACCAACAACGAACGACGAGACGAAGGCAGCGACUGUGGUAGCGAAGUUAAACAAGAACCGGAAAAUGAUCAAGAAGUGGAAGGAGAGGCGGAGAAUGAACAGGAGGAAAUAAAUUGUCCGUAUUGCACGUAUCAGCCGACAUCGCGAGAGGAAUUAAAGCAACAUUUGCAAGUGGCACACGUUCAAGACUCAGAAGACAAGGCUGAGGUAGUAAAGGAGGAACCCCCACCUGAAUUGUUGUGCCCGCUAUGCCAAGACGGCUUCAGGGAACGCGCUGCCUUGGAGAAACACGUAAUGCAAAUACACUCGGUAAAUGCCGAUGGUCUCCAGAGAUUGCUACUUUUAGUGGAUCAGAGUCAUUGGUUGAAUAACAAUCCGCGAAGUAGUUCAACGCCAGCGGUGACAACACCGACUUCACCUUCGACGACGAGCAAAUUGCACCAAGAAGAAGAUACAAACGAACGUUCUGGUGGAAACGAGGAGGUCGAGGAAAUAGCUCGGUGUACUGUAUGCGGUCGAGUGUGCCGAUCCCUCGAGGAACUUCAGCAACAUCAUAGAGAAGCUCAUCCAGCUAGCACCCCGACCCUUGCGGUAAGCGAAAAGCAUGUAUACAAGUACAGAUGUGGACAAUGUAGUUUGGCUUUCAAGACAUUGGAGAAACUUCAACAACAUUCUCAAUAUCAUGCGAUAAGAGAUGCUACCAAGUGCGCGCUAUGUGCUAGAUCCUUUCGAUCGGUUCAAGCGUUGCAAAGACAUCUCGAGUCUGCACAUGCUGAUCUACACGAGGACGAGCUCGCUCAAUACAAACAGAGUUUACUUCAUGCACAUCCGUUGUUACAAGCCUUGACCGAGGAAGCUAUAAGGAGGCAGGGUGGCCUGAUCGGCGAACAGAACGCUGAAGAUGAUGGAGGUAGAGGCGACGAGGAGGAAAGCGAUGCAAGCGAUUCCUCUCCGUUGCACAAGGAACAACGUCUUUUAGAGGAUUAUCUUAACAGUCAACCUGUCGCCGAGGAUUCCUAUCACGAUCCUGGAAGGAAAUUUAAGUGUCAUCGGUGUAAAGUAGCAUUUACAAGGCAAAGUUAUUUAACGGGACACAACAAGACCUUGUUGCAUCGCAAAGGUGAAAAAAUGUCAUAUCCCAUGGAAAAGUAUUUAGAUCCCAAUAGGCCGUACAAGUGCGACGUUUGCAAGGAAAGUUUCACACAGAAGAAUAUACUUUUGGUACAUUACAAUAGCGUCAGCCAUUUGCAUAAAUUAAAACGAGCUAUGCAAGAACAAGGGAACAAUAAUACCUUAAUCUCCGUCGUACCGCCGGCUAGUCCAACAGAGUCCCCGGACUCCCAACAAGAUCAGGAUAAAAAGCCGUACAAAUGUAACAUAUGUAAGGUCGCUUAUUCCCAAGGUAGUACAUUGGAUAUUCACAUGAGAAGUGUUUUGCAUCAGACUCGUGCGAGCAAGCUACCGGAUCUUGCUGCAAGCGGACAACUAGAUCUUGCCCGUCCGUUAAUCGAACAACCACCACCUUCGAGUCCCAAUAGUCCACCGUGCAACACCAAUACCAGUAAUGCCGGUACGAUGCUCUCUUGUCCUCGUUGCAGCGCUCUUUUUGUAAAUCAAGAACAACUUUCUACUCAUCAACAAUUGUAUUGUAUCUUCAGCAAUCCAUUGGCAUUGUUCCAACAAUUAGCAGCUUCGCAACAAUUAGCUUCUACCGGUCCUGCUAAAACACCACCACCUACGUCCACGACACCAGGACCUCAUCAACAUUUGCAGCAGGUGACGCAACACUCGUCUCAGACUGCUCAAGAGCUUUUAGCUCAGCCACGUCACAAAACUUCACAAAUGUACAAACAUCUUCUGGAGAGUUUCGGUUUCGAUCUCGUGAUGCAAUUCAAUGAAAAUCAUCAAAGACGUCAAAGGAAGGAAGAGGAAGCCGCAGCAGCCCUUCAAGCUCAGCAAGAACAACAAAAGCAGGAGCAACAGAAGCAAGCGCUUGCUGCUCAGGCUGCACAGGAAAGAGAAGAAGAAGUUGAAGAACAUACAGACGAAGACGUUAUCCCCGAGUUAACUAGAAGUACUUGUCAGCAUUGUAACAAGGAGUUCAGUAGUGUUUGGGUGCUAAAAGCUCAUUGUGAAGAAGUUCAUCGAGAUUUAGUGCCGCGUGAGUUCCUUGAGAAGUACGCUCAACAAUUUAAGUGUGAAUAUGAAAAGAAAAGCGUCGUAGUGACAGCAGCAACAUCGUCUUCUACAACGACGGCACCUAGAAGUUCCACACCAGCAGCGGGUCAGCCACAGGACAUGAGCUCUGAUAAAGAACAACGUGAAAAGGAAAAGGAAGACAGCUUAGAGAUCAAAGAACGUAUUACCAGAACACCGGAAGCAACGUCUACCACUCCGGUAACAACGCCUGUCUUGAGCAAUACUCCGGUAUCGAGCACCGAUUCUAUUACGCCUACGGUUCUACCUACUAAUCCACAACACCAGCAUACUAUACCGCAACAGCAGCAACAACAACAACAGCAACAACAACAGCAGCAACAGCAACAGCAGCAGCAGCAGCAGCAACAACAGCAACAGCAACAUGCUCAGUUAACAUUGGCUCAGCAGGUGUCUGAAAUGCAAGCUGCCUUGAAUGCAAUGGCAGCGUCUCAACUACAGCAACAAUUGCAACAAUAUCCGGGUCUAAUGAUGGGUAUGAUGGGAUUACCUCUGGGACUAAAUGUACCAGCUUUGGCAGCAAUGAAUCUCCAACCACCUUUGGUUCCAAUGAUGUUACCACCACCUCCGUAUGAUGGAGCAGCCGCGGCUUAUCCUCCUAUAAAUGCUCAAGCUGAUUUACUUGCGAAACAACAUCUCGCCUUGCAACAGCAGCAAGCAGCUGCGGCAAAUGCAGCAGCUUCGCAGAAACGAGCACGUACGCGUAUAACGGACGAACAACUAAAGAUCUUGAGAGCACACUUUGACAUCAAUAACUCCCCCGGUGAAGAACAAAUUUUAGACAUGGCCGCACAGAGUGGCUUACCACCUAAAGUCAUAAAGCAUUGGUUCCGCAAUACGUUAUUUAAAGAAAGACAACGUAACAAAGAUAGCCCAUAUAAUUUUAACAAUCCACCGAGUACCACAUUGAAUCUGGAGGAGUAUGAGAAAACUGGAGAGGCUAAAGUUACUCCAUUAAAUUCGAGCGUAUCGGGAGGUAGCUCGUCGGACGAUAAAAGCCCGAAUAAGCAAACGACACCACCACCGUCAAUGGCCACGGUCUGUAACUCACAGACUACGGAAAUAAAACAAGAGGCGCUAGAUCAGCCGCAAUGUCAUCAACAGUCCCAACAAUCGCAACAAUCGCAUCAGGAAGAACAACAUCAUUCACCUGGUAGUUCCGGUGGGCAACAAUCGCGACCACAUUCUCCGGCUCUCAGUAUGAGUUCAGUAUUUUCAGGUAUCCAUCACGAUGUUUCAUCUCAUACUCCUUCAACCACCACUGCACCAAGCACACCAAUGUUACCGCCAAAGCUAACACCACAGAAUUUUGCAAGUCCUACGCCAGGCGGUGGAGGAGUCGUACCAAGUGCGAUCGCUGCCAUGGCGUUGACACCGCAGAGAUCAUUAAGUCCUGGACGUGGACCGACGGAUUAUUCCUUCGGAGGUAACAGCAACGGUAGUAAUUCAUCAGGCGGUAGUUCAGGAAAACGUGCAAAUCGAACUAGAUUCACCGACUAUCAAAUCAAAGUUUUACAAGAAUUCUUCGAGAACAAUGCUUAUCCCAAAGACGACGAUUUGGAAUAUCUAAGCAAAUUACUUGGACUCAGUCCGCGAGUAAUAGUCGUUUGGUUCCAGAAUGCUAGACAGAAAGCACGGAAAGUGUAUGAAAAUCAACCGGCCGCGGAACCCGUGACACCUGGUGGACGUGAAGGUGACGACGGAUCUGGAAGAUUUCAAAGAACACCGGGAUUGAAUUAUCAGUGUAAGAAAUGCCUCUUGGUGUUCCAAAGAUAUUACGAACUUAUUCGUCAUCAAAAAACACAUUGUUUUAAAGAGGAAGACGCAAAGCGUAGCGCUCAAGCUCAAGCUGCGGCAGCUCAAGUCGCUGCUGUUUUAAGUUCAGAGGAUAGUAACAGCAGUUCCACAACUACUACCACCAAUGCUGUCACCAACAAUCCACCGACUACGCCUGCUCUUACGGAACAAUUGCAACAACCGUUGAACGCAACGGCCUCUCCCCACCAUCAGCAACAAACGUUGUCCCAACAACAUCAACAGUCUCAACAGCAAUCGCAGCAACAGCAACAACAGCAACAACAACAGCAACAACAACAGCAGCCACAAACUGAAUCCAAGGAAGGUAGCUUUCAGUGCGACAAAUGCAACUUGAUGUUCGGUCGAUUCGAACUUUGGCGCGAACAUCAGCUAGUACAUAUCAUGAACCCGUCCCUAUUCCCACCGGCCUAUCCGCCAGACUCUCCAUUCGGAAUUCUACAACAGCAAGCACUGAACGCUACCUCCGGAGCCGCAACGGAUUCUCCUCAUCCUUUGAUCGCUAUGAUGCAAGACAGAAAGAGGAAAUACGAAGACUUUGAUGAUACCUCGGGUACAGAUGCGCGUUCGAAUUCGGAACAUAGCGAACAACCGAAAGACAAACGUUUGAGGACAACGAUAUUACCAGAACAAUUGGAUUACCUUUAUCAGAAGUAUCAAAUUGAGUCGAAUCCAUCGAGAAAGAUGUUGGAGACGAUCGCACGAGAGGUAGGACUGAAGAAGCGUGUUGUACAAGUGUGGUUUCAAAAUACGCGUGCUCGCGAGCGCAAAGGUCAAUUUCGUGCACACAGUCAGGUGAUAAAUAAACGAUGCCCAUUCUGCCCGGCGUUAUUCAAGGUAAAGUCCGCAUUGGAGUCACAUCUGAGUAGUAAACACGCGGAUCAAGUAGCACGUGGGGAAGUAAAUAUUGACAACAUACCCGACGAGGAGUUAUCGAUGGAAUCCGCACCAUCGAAUCCCAGCACGCCGAAUAUGAUGCCACCACUCUUUCCGCCUUUCAACACGGACAUGGAAGCUUCACUGAAGAAAUAUUACGAGGAAUCAAUGAAACGAUACAUCAGCGAGCUUCAGGCUCACGCUAGCAACGGCAAACAGGAAUCAUCGAACCAUCAAAGUGGUGUUAAUAUCGGUGAAUCGCCAUUGGAUCUGAGCAAACCGGUCGAUUUGAGUCGUCCGGUGAAACUAAGUCUCGGUGGUCUGAGCAAUCUCUUAGAGGAGCAACACAGUGGCCACUUCCGGGGUGGUAGCGAUUGCGGUCCGCUGACCGAUCUUUCGGAACGUAGUAUUUGUGGUGAUGACGAUAGUAUGAGCGAAACAACUGAAUUCUUGGACGACGAGAGUGGACCAGCGAGUCCGGCAUCGAGCACUCAAAGUUCGAGGCAAGGACCGGCGACUGGAGUUAACACCGGUACCACGGUCAGUCCUGCUGCUAGCGGGAACACGAGUAUAACCGCUGGGGCCACCGGACAAUCCGCUGGCAAGAGAUACAGAACGCAGAUGUCGGCGACGCAAGUGAAGGUGAUGAAAUCGCUCUUCUCGGACUACAAGACGCCAACUAUGGCCGAGUGCGAGAUGCUCGGGCGCGAGAUAGGCCUACCGAAACGUGUCGUCCAGGUCUGGUUCCAGAACGCGCGUGCCAAGGAAAAGAAGGCCAGGCUCGCGGCUGGGUUACCGGCCGAGGGCUCAGCCGUUCAACCACAUCGCGGUCCGACCGGACCGGACGAGUGCAGGCUUUGCUCCGUCCGGUACUCACCGAAAUCACCUCUUCAGGAGCACGUCUUCUCACGACGGCACAUCGACUCGGUUCGCGUGGCCGUUGAAGAGGGUAGUCUGGUACCUCCUACACCUGGUGCACCGAUUACCGCGCAACCGGUCUGUGCUAGCGCGACCAUUCCUAACUCUCCUCUCAUUGUGACCAAUCAGCAACAACCUGCCCAACAGCAACAGCAACAACAACAACAACAACAACAACAACAGCAGCAGCAGCAGCAACAGCAACAACAACAGCAGCAGCAGCAGCAGCAGCAAUCUGCCCAACAGCAACAGUCCGAUGAAAACAUGAUGUAUGGAUCUUUGUUCCUUCAUCCCACGGCGAUGUUCCAGCCGCAGCAGCAGCAACAUCCGGCGGCCGCUGCGGCCAGCACAGCUACCACCACGGCCGUAGCGGCUCAGGGCUUAAGUGGCAGCGUUCACGGUGCCAGUCUGAUGUCGCUUCACGUCGAGGGUGGGACGCAAGUUCAGGUACCACGUUCCCUGAUGCAGGCGUUCCUACAACAAGAUCCGAAUCAUCCGGGUUUGGAGACGGUACGUUUGCCAACUCCACCCUGCGAUUCGAACGAUAAUGUUCAAGCACAGCAUUGUCGUGAGGUUGAAACGGAAUUGUGUUUGGUUUGUCGACGGUGUGGCCGAGCUUAUCCCCAGGAGUCAACGCUCCUGGUUCAUCAACGUUCCUGUUACUUGGGUAAUCAACAACGUCGGGGUGCUCUGCGUCUUGUACAAUCACGUUACGCUUGUACACUUUGCGAUCCCGGUAGUAAUACACCACAGCGAACGUACACGACCGUAACGGAGUGGCGUCGACACUCUGAGACACCGCAGCAUCGUGCUCGUUUAGAUAUCGUUCAAGGACGCCAACAACAGCAGCAACAACAACAACAACAGCAACAACAAUUCGGUUAUCCCGAUCCAAAUGGACAAACGGGAAACGAGGAGGCGAAUCCUUUGACGGACGAGAUGGAGGACGUCGUCAAUCAAAUCACCCUGUUGGCCGCACGUGCGGCCGCCGAGAGCACGACCGGUCAAUCGCAGGGUAACAACGAGAGGGCCAAUCAGGACAACAACAACGGACCCGACGCCAAGAGACAGAAACUCGUACAGGAGGUCACCGCACUGGCUGGAGCCCGUUAAAAGGGAAACUCGUCCUUCGAUUUUCACUUUCGGGAUAGAAAGAGUUGAGUGAGUGAGAGGGAGAGAAAGAAAUUGAGUGAGAGAGAAGGAGAGAGAGAGAGAGAGAGAGAGAGAAAGAGAGUCGUCCAUCCAGUUACAUCGGGAAGGACAUCUCGUCGGGCUCUUAUUCGACUCCAUUGGCAUAGUAUGCUAACUCUUGCCAAUGGAGAAUAUUAGUAAAAGCCUUUUCGCAUUAUUAUUCGGGGCACCGUGGCUUUUUUUUAGUAAGAGGCCCGUUUGCUAACCGAGAGGUACCAAGAUGGCGACAGGGCGGAUCGAAUUAAUCGAUCUGAACCCUCUCGUCCUUCCUUCGUUGCGCCCGUACGUUCUUCGCGUGGCUCAACUUGCCUAUUAUUUUUGUAACGACGUAAGCACGCAGCGCGCCGCCAGUUAGCGCGCUUUAACAAAGUUCCUCCGAUAGAAAGAAACGAAACGAAUAAGGGAUAUGUUAAAGAAAAAAAAAGAAAGGAAGGAAGGAAGGAAGGAAGAAGGAAGGAAAAGGAGCGAAGAAGAAAGACAGAGAGUGAGAGAGAGAGAGAGAGAGAGAGAGUUGGUAUGAAGUUAGGUUAGAUAAGCGAAAGAAAUAGGAAAGAAAUAAAGAUGAAGGAUAUAUGGUGGCCGGGGUGAAAACUUUUUUUUGCUCUUUUAUCACCGGCUACCAUGCGGUUCGCAUGAAAGAAGAGUUAAGAAAGAACCGAAGAGACUCGAAAAGAAAGAUA